AUGGCAGACUCGGACUCGGAUGACCCGCCGCUCACUCCCCAACUUGAAAUUCUCCCCGACUUCGCAUGCUACGACUUCGUUCGACCUUUAUCUCUGUCGCCCUUCACUCAGUUCGACUGGGAAAUCCGCCUGAGGGUGGUCGCAAGAAUGAUCUCGUCAAAGAACUACUCAGAUCAGAGCUCGACUGGCCACUCCUUUUCCACCACCUCGUUCCCAAAUCAGUUACUGAAGACGAAGCAUAUCGAAAAGAUCAGAUACUACGGCCAGAAUAACAGACCACCAGUAUAUUUCCGUGGCGCGUGGAACUUCAAUCGAACAAAAAAGUUCAAAGCGAACGAUAAGAACAUCGACUCCGAGUCAGAUGACUCAGAUGGCGCUAGCGCAGAUGUCGCUGACACGGAUAUCGAGGCAUUUGAUUCUCAACAUUCUGGGAUAAUGUCCCAAGACACGGAUGGCACCUGGAGCCGCAAUGAAUACGAUGGGACCGCAGAGCCAGGAUCGAAGAGGGGACGUGAACCCUUCAUCGACUGA